AUGGAAACAAGGCGUUCAACAGGAUUCUAUCAGGAAUCCUCCCCGCAUUUCAGAGGUGGUGUGCUGAAUGGUGCCUCACCCGACAUAAGCGCGCACUUGCCGCACUGGCAACUGAAUGUGCUGCACCAGGCCGCCUCAUGUUUCAGCCGCUACGAUAUUCGAGAUAUCGCGAUACACGUAUAUCUUUGUAAUGUACUACUCAUAAGGUUGCUGAAAAUCCGUCGACAGCCCACGACCGGUUUCGCCCUUUUGAUGGCUCAUCAGGUAGGCGUAGUUCAGCUGGGUUCCAGGUAUCAUGACAAACGCUCCUACCGGACACUGAAAACGCUCAUUUCAAUCGGAGACACAGCUAUCGCUGGCCGACUGCACGAUCAACAAGUAUUGAACGGAUCCGCGAAGGAGAAUCGUGUUAAAACUCCGAAGGGG